UCCUGCCUUUGUAGGUUGGAAGAUGAGUAGCCGGCAUCCUCCCGAUAUCUCGCGGAUGGUGAGCUUGAAGGUCGACAAUCUGUCCUACCGAACGACGGAAGUCGACCUGCGUCCGGUAUUCGAGAAAUACGGCGACAUCGGCGACAUUUACAUUCCGAGAGACCGCUACAGCUUCCAGUCGCGAGGUUUCGCCUUCGUACGCUACUACGAGAAGAGAGACGCCGAGAAAGCACUCGACAGGCUCGACGGCUACACACUUGACGGUCGAGAAGUAAGAGUUCAAUACGCACGCUUUGAUAGGCCAGAUAACGCGCGCGCUAGGUACCUUCCUGGUGGUUCGAGAUACAGGUCGUCGUACGGAAGGUCGCCAUCGCCACGUGACAGACGCCACCGUGAGAGUCGCGGGUCUAGAUCACGUGAUCACGGGCGUUACCGCCGUCGGUCUCCCAGCUAUUCACGGUCAAGAUCUCGGUCACGGUCUCGAUCCCGGUCAAGAUCCCGAUCUCGAUCUCGACGUCGGGACUACAAGAGCACCAGAGAUCAAUCGAAAGACAGAGACAGUAGGAGAAAUUCGCGGGACGACUCAUACUCGCCACGGAAACGCGACAAGUCGCCGUCUCCCGGAUCGUCACGAUCCCGAUCGCGUUCGGCCGUAUCCAAGUCGAGAAGCUCCAAAUCCAAAUCUCCGUCAUCAGACAAGGACUAGUGUUUAACAUGUGGUGCAAGUUAGAGUGGUAGACGAGGAGAGACGUGUGGUGGUGGGUGAAGGUUGUAUGAUAGACGGCAGUGUGCUGUUGCCACCGUCGUACACUUGCUCAUGUGUUAGUGAUUUCAUGUCCUAUAGGCGAUGCUGUGUGGUCGUGUAGCUGGUCGCUGUGCAGUUCAGUAGUUCGAGUGCAGCGUCUCUUCGGGUGUUUCUGGUGCAGUAGAAGCAUGACAGCCUGCUGGAGUCGCGGAGAGUAGCUGCUGCGUAUGGUAUUGUACAACCACCUGGUGGUGUCACUUAGUAAGUUACUACGUAGGGUAUCCAGAGACCUGCAGUUGCUGACUCUUUCAGUUCCUGAUUCCAUCGGUUCCUGAUUCCAUCAGUUCCUGAUUCCUUCGGUUCCUGAUUCCAUCGGUUCCUGAUUCCAGAUUCUUUGGUUGCUGAGUGUAUCAGUUCCUGAGUGUACCAGUUCCUGAGUUCCUGCCGUUCCUGCAUCUGUUUUGUACCUACGUCUGUGCAGUCUUCUUAUACAGAGUCCAGACCGGUGUGUGUGUGUGUGUGUGUGUCUCUUGUUCUUGCCUUGUCUGUGUCGUAGGUUCUAAAUGGCCGUCAAACGUGUGAACACGUAAACCAGGGUCGAGACUGUUCGUCACGACGGUGCAUUUUUGUCUGUUUUGCUGUCUGUCUCUCGGCUGUGGGAGAUGUAGGAGAGAAUUAAAGCAAUCGACUAAUACGACGGAGUUGUUGCUGCUUUCCUGUUGCUGCUGUCCUAUUGCUGAUGUCAAACCAGGCCGGCACCUGAAUGCUGCUGUUACACAGCACCGCAGUAACUGAUAACCCAAUGCAGCAACUUUUCCAAGGUUGUAUGCCUGUUGCAAUGAGCUGCCAUUAAUUUUUGAUACUAAAUGAAAUAAUAAUAUUGUGUCUUGUA